AGGUGGGAGGGUGUGAGAGCCUGUGUGUGAGGCACACACAGAAGCCACAAGACAGGGAUAGUAAAGGAGCCAAAUGUGGCCGUCAUAUUUAUCUCAUUUCUCCUGGACGCUGCCUCUCUUCUCUUCAUGGCUUUGCCCCUUGCUGUGUGUAAACGGUUGUCCUGUGUGCUGAGGAGAAGACACUGGUGCACGGACCACUACACAGCCAGCAGCACAGGAGCCGGUGAUGAAUCAAGCCCAACAAAGAGCCUUUGAGAUGGCCGUGUGCGCUUCUGCCUGGAGGGAGGAACGCAUCAGGCUUUCCCAGGCAAGCGGCAGCCUGCAGUGUGCGCUGGCUUGAGCUCCAAAGCCUCCAUCCCCAUCCUUAGCGGAGCGCCUGUGAGCGUGCUAUCACAGUGCAUGCGAGUGUGUAUGUGCUCACCCCACAUCCUUCCCAGAGGAGACUUCUCCUCUUCACUGGACAAGGCAAGGGAUACCGUGAAGUGGGCAAGCUGUGGCCUGUGUGGAACUGAGCAUGUUUCGCAAGAAAAAAAAGAAGAGGCCUGAGAUAUCAGCGCCCAAGAACUUCGAGCACCGUGUCCACACCUCCUUUGAUGUGAAGCGAGGAUGCUUUGUGGGGCUGCCCAUGCAAUGGCACAGCCUCAUAGAGAACCUGCGGAGGCCUCGGCCAGUGGUGGACCCAUCCAGAAUCACAGAAGUGGAGCUCAGGCCAAAGAAGACCAUAGUGCGUGGGAGCAUGAUUGGUCACGGGGACUACAUCUCUGCCAUGAUCAACGAUAUGAGCCGGCUAUCGGUGACCAGCUCAAACUCUCUGAGGAAGAGCAGCCCCUCCAACCGGAAACGGGCCCAGUCUCUGGGUCGUCUGGGUGAAGAAAACGAGGGCGACACCUACCAGUACGAGAGCCUAACUCAGGACGAGGACGAAGACAAUGAUGCUCAGGACCAGUGGAGAGACAGGGCCAGGAACAUUCACAGUGAAACCAACACACCUUAUUUAGGCAUGAAGAAGAGCAUAACUUUACAACCCAAUGGGAUCUUACCAAAAGCUAAAUCUACUUAUGAAGUCAGCAUCCCUCAUGAAGGACCUCAACCUCCUCAGACACAAAGUAUCCAGGCGCCUAGUCACACGGCAUACAUGAGCGCAGACAUGGGCAGCCCUCAAGAGAGAGUCAUCUGGAAGAGGGACAUCCCACUGCCUAGAGGACUGCCACCACCACCCAGACCUGUGGCCUGUUUCUACAAUCCUGGUAUGACUGUUCAGCAGCCUCCACAGCACCCAGAGCAAGCUACUUCAGAGCUGCGACCAGCUCCCCCCAUGUACAUGCACCCACAGAACAGCCCGGGGAGGCCCUUCUCUUCCUAUGAUCUUAAAACAGAGACGUCUGUGAGGUACCACUCGGGCUUUCUGCCCACUGGCACGAGCAGUCCUCUGGUGGGAGGUGGCAUCAGGCCCCAGAGGACAGUGCGGUCCUCGGCAAGCUACACCCUCGGUCUAUCUCCAAACAUGGGACUGAGAGCUAAUGUCCCUGAGCCAUUCUUAAGACAUUCAGGAUGUCCCAACCCUCCGUACCCUCUUCAGGACAGUCCCUCUCAGCCCAGACCCUCUCCCACGGGAUCACUAGCCACCAGUCCUCCUGGCACCUGCUCCCCGGCCUUCAGGGUGUCUCAGCACCCAUCACCCCGGCCCCCUCCAGACCCACCCAAAGUCACCCAUGAACAGUUCAAAGCUGCCCUGCAGAUGGUGGUGGACAAGGGCGAUCCACGCUCUUACCUGGAGAACUUUGUGAAGAUAGGAGAAGGUUCCACAGGGGUAGUGUGCAUUGCCACUGAGAAACACAGCGGCAGACAGGUGGCAGUCAAGAUGAUGGACCUACGACGACAACAGAGGAGAGAGCUUCUGUUUAAUGAGGUGGUAAUUAUGAGGGACUAUCAGCACAGAAAUGUGGUGGAGAUGUUUAAAUCUGCCCUGGUGGAGGAGGAGUUGUGGGUCAUCAUGGAGUACCUGCAGGGGGGAGCACUCACCAACAUUGUGUCCGAAACCAGGCUGAAUGAGGAGCAGAUUGCCACAGUGUGUGAAGCUGUGCUGCAAGCCCUGGCCUAUCUGCACUCACAGGGAGUCAUCCACCGAGACAUCAAGAGUGACUCCAUACUGUUAACACUGGACGGAAGGGUUAAACUUUCUGACUUUGGAUUCUGCGCUCAGAUCAGUAAGGACAUCCCUAAGCGUAAGUCUUUGGUGGGGACACCCUAUUGGAUGGCUCCAGAGGUCAUCUCCAAAUCUCCAUAUGGCACUGAGGUGGAUGUUUGGUCUAUGGGCAUAAUGGUGGUGGAGAUGGUGGAUGGAGAGCCUCCGUACUUCAGUGAAACUCCUGUUGCAGCAAUGAAGAGGCUGAGGGAUGAACCAGCUCCUAGUGUGAGAAAUGUCAACCAGAUCUCUCCUGUUCUCAAAGACUUCCUGGACCGCAUGCUCACCCGGGACCCCCUGGAGCGAGCCAGUGCCACUGACCUGCUUGAGCACCCAUUCCUGCUGCAGUGCGGCUCACCUCAGUGCCUGGUCCCGCUGGUGGAGCAGUACCGCAAACGCAUGUCCCGCUGCUGACCCCCCUAUAGCUGACUGUCACUUUCUUAACUACAUCCACCUAGACUGGAGGCCAGGAAGAAGAAAUGCAUUAGGUCUGGCUCCUUUGGCAAUCCAUGGACCAAAGGCUCCUGGGGGAAACAGAGGGAGAUUAAAAGCUGCUGCCCAACUUGGCUAUGACAGGACUUUGACGGUGCAUGGUCUUGGGCAUGACAAAAGCACUUUAGGAGUGAGUACAAGGCAGCAUGCUCCUAUGUCACCUCUAAGCUUGGUUUGGUCACAUUAAGCGGGAACACAACUCAGCACAAUGCAGUCAAUUGGUCAAUAGGAAGAUAACUUCGUACAUGUAUGGAACAUCUAUUACAGUGUUCAUACUAGAUAUUCUAGUCGUUCAUGUGAAGGAUAGACCUCCACACAUGCUUUGAUAAAAUGGGACUAUGGUGACUGAUGGAAAACUCUCCACAUGGACUAAUAGAUGUGCACCUGGCCCACUGCAAAUCCUUGAAAAUUUACCAAACUGGGAUGUGAAAGACAAUUCUCUUUAUUAGCAUCACAAAUGGUAGAGAAGGGUCCAGCUGCUACUAUUGGGCUAAUGAAAAAAUCAACAGUACAGUAUCUUUUCAUAUUUAUUCUUUUUUUCAAAAGGUAUUGUGAGUUGUUUGUAUGAUGUGAAUUUACAAAUAAGGUUUCGUUGUAUUAAUGAAGUAUGAAGUGGCUGAAUAAACGUUGUAAAUACGAAGAAUGAUUACUAGGUCAGAUACACUGCAGUAAAUUAUAUGAAAUUUUACUUUUCUGUACUGAUAUGCGAGUCUGUGAGUGCAUGUAAUGUAUGGAUGUGAGUGCGGUGUGAGACCCUCUUUGUGUCAGACUUUUUAAAAAACCUGAUGAGGUGUGUAUGCAGCUCUGGCAAAUGUGUAUGACUGUAUUUGCAUUUGUUGGCAUAGGAUUAAGCACACAGGCCUGGCAUGUGAUGCUGCAGGAUGUCCACCUGCUCCCAAACACUUUGCACAUAGUCUUUGUAUUCUGACAUGGAUACAUGUAUUUCUAUUUCUGUGUGGGUCCUUCAUGGCAAAGAGAAUUUAAC